AUGUAGUAUUGUGUUAAACUUAAGAUACUUCCUUUUAGAAGUAUUUAGCUUUUCAGGUUUACGCUCAGUGACAAUGAGAACGUGUUUGCAUCUAAUUCAUCGAAUCCUUUCUCAGAAGAUGGAAUAUUGAAGAAACUAUAUAAAGAAUACGGACACCUUCUAUAAGAGACGUUUUCAAAACUCAUGGACGGCAUGACGUACACACGCCAUUGUUGCGGUCCUCCAAACACAUCAUCUUUAUUGAAUAUCAGCACUGUUUCACCUAAGGAGGAAGUCAGCCAUUAUGACGAUGUAGAGUACUACCUUAAACGAGCACCCAAUUCUUCGUGGGAUCUACCAAUUACGAUCAUCUCAACAAUCCUCCUUGUUAUCGGAGUGGCUGGUAAUACUGUCAUAAUCAUUCUUGUAUCAACAAGGAAGGGACUUAGAACACCGACAUUCACGGCAAUAGCUUGUCUCUCUCUCUGUUGCUGAUUUGCUAUGUUUGUGCACGCGUUACGUGUACACGAUUAACGGUAUUGAAAAUGGGAUGGGAGAACAAGCUUGGAAUAUGUAUGGAACAGUAACGUUUUAUUUUUUACACAGUGCCAACUUUCAUAUCGUGUUGAUUGCAUAUUUACGUUAUGUAUUUAUUACUAAGCCUUUGCAAAGUGUAAAGAUCACCACAAAAAGCGUAUUAAAAAUGUCGGGAGGAGUGUGGUUUGCAGGAAUACUAACUGGAUCUCUAUACUGCUUUAGAAUUAUAAUGGAACUACACGAGAAUAUCACUGCCAAAAAUAGUGUUUUAAUUGAACUAAUAUUUGGUAUAUAUAUCGCAUUUGUUCCAUUUUUGUUCAUUGUUGUGUUGCAUAUCAUCAAAAUUUUCAAACUAAAAAAGACGAGCUAUUUGUCACCAGAACAACCCUCAUCAAUUUCAAGAAAAAUGUCCCUGAUGCUGUUUGUAAUCAUUGUAAUUUAUCUAUUGAGUACAAUUCCGUUGCUGGCAAAUAUGAUUCUACAUUUAAUAUGCUUUCUUAUAGAUUUCAGACUCACCGAAUGUCAGUUUUUCUUUUUUUAUCACAAUAUAUCAGUUACGUCAUUGUUUUUGCUUUUGAACAAUGCUGUUAAUCCAUUAAUUUACUUCUUCUUUUCUCCCCCAAGUCUUAAAGUCCUUCGUAGAAUCAAGCAAUGCUGCACAAAAUCUUAAUCUUCAGGAAUCAAGCAAUGCUGCAGAAAGUCUUAAUCUUCAGGAAUCAAGCAAUACUGCACAAAAUCUUAAUCUUCAGGAAUCAAGCAAUACUGCACAAAAUCUUAAUCUUCAGGUCAACAGACAGGCUAUGAUCACUAAAUAUAAGACUGACUUGUAUACAGGUUCUUGAUUGAUUCAUGUAAUGUUAAAAACCCAAUAAAUCAUACAGUACUUUGA